UUUAUUUUUAAAAUUAUAUUUUGCUCGUGCACCUACUGACGGCUGGUAAGCCCUGCACUCAAGAAGAGUAGCCUCAACGUGCUGAAUGCCUUGCUAAACCAAACGGAUUUUUGCAGUAUUCCACUCUUCAUGAAGCUGCUGCCACUAUUGGAACAGAAAGGUUUUCAGCUCACGGCCGUAUCUGUGGCAGCACUUGUGACUAACACUCGCAUUAGCAAGCGUCUCUAUGAAAAGUUGUACGAUGCCAAUUUCAUGGAAAAUAUCGUGCACGGAUCGGAGUCUGGAUAUCGAAUUUUGCUUGCAGAACUAACUAAAAACUGCUGCCGGAACGGCCCGUGUUGGUUCAGGUCAUCUAUGCUAACGAGUGCCUGCAGGGAGUUUAUUCGUGUUUCAUCCCAGAUUCCUGCACUCUUGCUACUGCAGUUUGGUGUGCACAAUUUCACGCCAUACGAGGACUUGCGGAUAGACAGUUCCUGGCAAAGUGUUAUUGGACGCAACACGUAUAUUAUCCACCGGUACGCUGCUCAAUAUCGGAGGCUGGUGACGAAAUACGAAGUUCUGUCGCCUUCAG